AUGACGCGCAGCUCCCGACCUGCACCCUGGGGUGUGGAACUGGCUUACGAUCUGGACGUGGAUGACACACCUGGAAGCAAGCAACACGUGAACCAGAAGGACAACGAGAUAGCAGCCUCUCACAACCUGGGGAACAGCUGUUCCCCGCUGAAGGUUCUCACCAGCUUGGCCAUCUACGUGGCGGGCUUCUUCCUACUGGGAGGCCCUGCGGCUGGAGGUGUCGUGGACAUUAAUACUGCUUUACAAGAGGUGCGGAAGACCGCCCUCAUCCAGGAUGGCCUAGCACCGGGAAUUCACAAAAGCUGCCAGAGCCUUCGACAAGGCCAAGCCCACCUUUGUGUGCUUGCAUCCAACUGUGACGAGCCUGUGUAUGUCAAGUUGGUGGAGGCCCUUUGUGCUGAACACCAAAUCAACCUAAUUAAGGUUGAUGACAACAAGAAACGAGGGGAGAGAGGAGGCCUCUGUGGAACGGACACAGGGGGAGAGCCCCCCCACCCCCCGCCGGGCCAAGGGCUUGCUUGCAGCUGUGUUAUAGUGAAGGACGAGGGCAAAGAGUCUCAGGCCAGGGAUGUCAUUGAGGAGUACUUCAAAUGCAAGAAACGAACAAAUUAA